AUGACGUUACGGGUCGAAGUGUCCGGGGACAAAAUCGCGAAUAUAGAUUCAUGCAAGUACAACAAAACUUACUGCACAGAUAUUGAUACAACUGAAACGAAGUUAAGUCGAAGAUUAAAAGAAUUCAUAAAAGACACAUGGGCGAUAAGAAGGAACAUAACAGUAGAACCGUACGUUCUUUGUUACGUUUUACCAAGUGUUCUUACAGGAUUAGCUGUACAGAAUCUGGCUUUAGAGAAAUCAUGUCUUGUAAAUCUCCAGUACGACCAGCAUACCUGCACUCAUAUAAUGCAGGGACGAACUCAGAAUUAUACAGAGCAAGAGAAAAAUGUUCAGAGAAUGGUAGCAACUGUGACUGCCUGGUGCUUUCCUGUACAAACUGCUCUACCUGGCUUAUUAAACCUUUUUGUGGGUGCGUGGAGCGAUCGCACCGGAGACCGAAAAACCUUUAUGGUAUUGCCUAUAUUGGGAAAGUUAAUAUCAGUUUUUGGGAUAAUACUGAGUACAGUUUUCUUCUUCAGUGUUGGUGUGAAUGAGACUGCCCUGAUCGAUGGUCUUCCGCCUGCACUAGCUGGAGGCCGUGUCGCCAUGACAAUGACAGCGUACAGCUACAUUACGGACAUUACGAGUGAAUCCGAACGGACUCAUCGUUUAGGUAUCAUAACGGCCAUAUUGACUCUAGCUAGGCCCGUAGGCUUGGCUCUUAGUGGGAUAAUGACAAAUCGUUUCGGCUAUUAUGGUGUUUUUUCAACUGCGUGCGUUUUAUAUCUGACUGGGUUUAUUUACAUUAUCUUGAGAUUGAAACAAAUGCCGAAAAAGUCAAUUGAUAAUAAAAAUUCAGACACAAUAUUGUCGAUGUUUUCGAUUCGGGACUUGAGCGCGUCAGUGAAUGUUGUCUUCAAAUCUCGCCAGGGUUCUCGGCGUUUACAAAUCGUACUAAUCAUGUUGGCAUACAUGUUCAUCGUUGGACCACUCAUAGGUGAGUCGCAGAUGACCUACUGGUUUACACGUUACAAGUUCAAAUUCACCGAAGUGGACUACAGCUUGUUCCUCACGUACUCCGUCCUUAUCGGCAGUGUUGGUUCCUUCACCACACUUUACGUGUUCAGCAAAAGAUGGAACAUAGAAGACAGUAUCAUCGGGGUGUUCGCAUGUCUGAGUAGAAUUGCGGCAAGUGUGGCAUACGCGAUGGCUCCAAACCGCACCGUGUACUUCCUGGGUCCAAUUCUGGACAUGUUUAGUUCUGCUGGCGCUACUUCCUUGAGAUCGAUUGCUUCGAAAUUAGUUAAAGCGGAUGAAGUUGGUAAAAUGAGCUCUCUAAUAAGCAUAUCAGAAGCUCUAGUACCUGUCAUCUACUCCCCCGUGUAUAGUAAAGUUUAUCUCAGCACUUUGUCUACGCUUGCCGGCGCAUUUUACCUCAUCAGCGCGGCGUUGGCUGUACCAGCGAUUGGAAUAUUUUUAACACUGUUCAUCCUGCGACGAAAUGAGGUCAUCGAAGACUGCCAAGCAAAUGAACUAAAGGCUAACGAGAACGAAGUUACACGUUUCUAA